AUGGCGCGAACAACGAUGGUCCUCACGAACUAUGGUAUCAUUGUCCACGAGUGUGGGCUUCUUGAUACGGAUCUGAGCAAUACGAGCCUAAAGAUGUACUUUUUCGGUAUGAUGCAAGGAUAUAAACAGGGCCAGGCUCAGGCGGAAGCCAAGGCUCUCAAGGCAGACUCCCUCACAUCAGCAUUGCCACCCAUUUAA